AUGGACGAGAUAGGGGCUCAGUCUUCAGACAGCGAUAUCCGCCGCUCGAUAUCACGCCAAAGGACCGAGCCGACUUGGAGAGGCGUCUUGGUUCUUAUGGCCAGGAUCCUUGGGCGCAAGGAUCACUGGAUGGAGCUGGCUGACUGGGACACCUCUACCGACGAGCAGGCAAGUUGCAAGUCUCAGGUAGUUUCCAGUGGGAAGACAGGUACCGACCGGUCGUCAGGACCGGGAGUAGGCUCCCUGGGAGCACAAGGGGGAGUUGAGGAAGGGGGGUCCGGGGCCCAAGACAGCAAGACGGUAUUAGUCGUGGCUGUAGGUCGCACAGCUGCCGCGGUAGUAUGCACGACGAGGCAUGGAAAGCGUCAAACACGACAUCACUUCCACCACUUCAAGGUACUACAAGACCGUGGAAACGCCACACUAGAGGGCGGCCGGAGCAGACUGGCCAAUGUUGUCUGCAAGCUGGAAACAAGCAAAGCUCGCACCGCAGAUGCUGUUGAUGCUGGCGGGGUGUCGCACUCCAAGCGUUUGAUGCGCGUCUGGGAACGGACCCAGGCGCAGCGUUCCGACAGCCUGUCCGUUAACGUUAUGUCGCGUAUACAAGUCACACUCAAGGAUGUGGACCCGCUCGUCGUCCUAUCUGGUGCUCUAUAUAGCAUUCUUCGCUUCCACUUUCCUCAACUGUCCGUUAAUAAGGUCAAUACCUGA